CUCAGUCCUCGCUGUGUUUGGGCUGUGCGAGUGCCUCUUUCCUUCUCUUUGGCGUUUUACUAGGAGCCUGCCAAAAUGGUCAUGCAGGGGAACUUCAAGUUCCACCAGUACCAGGUGGUGGGCCGCCACCUGCCCACUGCCGCGGAUGCCAACCCCACCGUCUACCGCAUGAAGGUGUGGGCCGAGGAUGACGUCAAGGCCAAGAGCAAGUUCUGGUACUUCCUGAGGAAGCUUCGCCGUGUGAAGAAGGCCAACGGUCAGAUCAUUGCUUGCAACGAGAUCUUCGAGCGCAAGCCCACCCUGGCCAAGAACUACGGCAUCUGGGUUCGCUACCAGUCGCGCACGGGCGUGCACAACAUGUACAAGGAGUACCGCGACGUGACCCUGAACGGCUCCGUCUCCCAGAUGUACCAGGAGAUGGCCUCGCGCCACCGCGUGCGCCCCUCGUCCAUCCAGAUCAUCAAGACCGCCACCGUGGACUACCACAGCUGCAAGCGUGCCAACACCAAGCAGUUCCACAACGAGAAGAUCAGCUUCCCGGUCACCCAGAAGCUGGCUCGCCCCUCGUCGGCCACCUUCCGCACCCUGUUCAAGGCCAACCGCCCCAACGUUGCUAUGUUCUAAGCGGCCCUCUCGGUCCGGGCUUAGGCGUGUGCCAACUGGCGCAGGAGUGGGAGCAGGAGCGGCGGCAGCAGCAGCGGCGGCGAGCGGCGGCGUCUGUGGAGGAGGGGCCCCAGCGGCUCCUGGCUUGCGGGCGCGGGCGCGGGCGAGCGGCUGUUGCUGGCGGCUGGUAUGGUGCAGCAGCGGCGGCAGCAGCGGAGGGCGCUGCGGCCGCACGGGCGUUGAUGCCCGAGCGGCUUGGGGAGGGCGGCAGCAGCGGCGGCGGCGGCAGCUGUGCCGGCGGCGCCCGGUGCAGUGCGCGUUGCCGCGGCGGCCGGCCGUGGAGUGUGCGUUGGUGUAGGUUACGGUGGCAGCGGCCGUACCGGCGGCAGUUUGGGCAGCGGCGGCGUGCCGGCUGUCGCUGGGAGCGGGGCGGUGGCUGCUGCUGGUGGCCAAAGGGUGUAACGUGAAAAGCAU